GCUCUUUCCUGGUUUCGUCACUUCAUGAAUGACAAUUCCACAAGUUUAUAUACAUAUAUUAGGAAAGGAAUCAAGCUACUUCCUCUUGCUCUUAUAGCUGAGAAAUUUCAAAAAGAUCUUACCAAUUUAGUGAUUAUUAUUAUCAUUAGAGUAAUGCAUGGCUGUUCUUGCUUAUUGUUGGUUGAUCACUGAAGCUAUUAUCAUCCCAGAUGGAUUCUUGAAGUGGUUUUAUUUGAGCUUCUACAUCCAUCCUUUCUUCCUUUUUGUUUGCCAGAUUUUUCUUUGGCUUAAACUGAUACUAAAAUGUAUUAUAGUCGUCUUCCUUUAUCCUUAUAAAAUCGUUUCUUUUGUUUGUUUAUAUGCUUUCAAGCUUUCCAAGAAUUGUGUCAUCUAUGUUUUUUCAUUCACUAGAUUGACCAAUACUACUUCUGAAGCCACAGAAAAGGUUGAGAGCUGUGAACUUGUACAAAAGUACUGUAAUAGAAACCAAAGUCCUACCUCCUGUAGUACUUCUUCAUGUGUAGCACCAAUUUCAUGCCAGAUAAAAGUAGUCCAAGUUCAGGAGAAAAUUGGGUUUGAAGAAGAGAAUUAUAAGUUCAAGGAUGAUCAAGUUUCAUGUGAUGACGACGAUAACGAUGAUGAUUUAUUUUCCAUUUAUAUUAGCUGUGGAUCAUCCUCUUCUGAUUCUGACAAAGAGGAUAGCUCUAUCAGCUCAUCUACGAAAGAUGCAAAUGUAAAUGAUAACUACACAUCGUCAUCAGUCUGCAGUUCCAAAAAUUCACCUGAAGCUGACAAGCUUCACAUGGCUAAUGAAUAUCCAUUAUUGGCCUUGAACUCUAAUUUUCCCCUACCUCAGGAUCUAUACUCAACAUCUCUUUGCUGCUUCAGUUCAGCGGAGGUGGUGGAACCACAAGAAGCUAAUUACAACAGACGUGAACAGGUGAAAGAUUUAGACGCAUUUUACGACAAGUACACUGAAAGAAUGAGAUGGUUCGAUGUGCUUAAUUACGACCGAACCUGUGGAAUAAGCACAGUCCUGAACAAGCAAAUAGGGACUCCGAGCUCAAUCGAGAGCAACAUUGAGGGUGUGGAUUUAUCGGUCUCCCCUUAUACAUCCUGGGGGAAAACAGCUAGAAAGAAGCUCUUACGAAGCAUAGAAAGUGACUUUGAACUUGUCUAUGUAGCCCAGGCAUGCUUGUCAUGGGAAGCCCUGUAUCAUCAAUACAGAAAGGUCGAAGCUCUUGCUUCCUCUACUUCCCAAAAUGGAGUAUUUUAUGAUAAUGUGGCAGGUGAUUUCCAGAAGUUCCAAAUACUCUUGGAGAGAUUUAUGGAGGAUGAAAGGUGUGAAGGGAAACGGUUAUGGAAUUAUGUCAGAGGAAGAUUUUCUCACAGGAGCCUUCUCCAAGUCCCUCAGGUUUCAGGGUUUUUUGAGCAGGAAAUGGAGAACAUGAAAAUUGAAGCCUUAAAUAUUAAGGAAGUGUUGAAGUCCAUAGAGAGGUGCAUAGAGGCUUUCUGGGUAUUUGUUAGAACAGAUGAGAAAAAGCCCUGGUGGAAACUGAGAAGUUUCUUAUGGACUUGUCCACCUGUGGAGGACCCUAGAGACUUGAAGCUAUUAACUGAUGUCACUAGGCAACUCCAGAAGAAGGAACUAUGGCUGAAAGAUUCACAAGGGAAGCAAAGAUGCUGGUUCAGGAAAGUGGUAAAUCCUGUAGAGGAGUCUCAAAGAAAGGUGAUGAUGUUCACGAUGAUAGACAUUAAAUUGGUAUCAAGAGUUCUCCAAUUGCCAGUACUUUCCUCUUCCCAAAUCAAAUGGUGCCAAGAAAAGCUGGGAAACAUAGGGUUUGAGGAAGGAAAGAUUGUGAGGGCUUGCAAUUGUGGUCCUUUAUUUCCUCCAUGAUAUUUUUGCCAGAGUGGAACCAAGUUUUUUGGGGUUCUCAUUAAAGCCAGUGUUUGCUCCAUAAAAAUACUUUUUAUUUUCUUUUUAUAGGGUGUGGUUAAUAAUUCAAUCAUCAAAAUGUUUUGUAUCAUAAUGAUAUUGUAAAUUGUUAGAGAUUUAA